UAUUAUUUUGUCUUGGCUGUCUGUCUGUCUGUCUUUCUCUCUUUCUCUCUCAUUCUGAUUUUCAAAUAAAUAUAUAAUCUUUAAAAGAAAGAAAAACAAUAGAUGAGGGAGAGAAGGAGAAUUUUAAUAAUAUUUACUCUCUUGCUUGCAGAUCCUGGUCAGAGGAGAGAUAAAGAACAAUUUUUUGGUACAUUCCAAGAGUCACCCUAUUGCAUUUAAAAUACAGACUCUCACAGAAUCAUUCUGCUCCUCAUUCAACUCCUGACCUUGACUUCUCCCAGGUGCAUUUUCUCCCUUUCCUGAGGCUCCUUCACUAAGAAUUGCCCUACACUUGUCCUGGGACCCUGUCCAGGUGACAUCAAAGCAGGCUUUUUACAGUUAUUUCAGUCUUGCCCUUAAGCACCUGUGCACCUGUGGGAACAGGCCCAUGGGCACUGGGAGGAUGCACAAUCACAGCACAGUGAGCACAUUCAUUCUGUGGGGAUUUUCCAGUUUCCCAGACCUGCAGAGGCUACUUUUUGUGGUGAUUUUCUUCUCCCAUGUGACCAUCCUGGCUGCAAAUGUGUCCAUCAUGUUGGCCAUCAAGCUCAGUCACAGCCUUCACACCCCCAUGUACUUUUUCCUCUUUGGCCUCUCUCUCUCAGAAACUUGCACUACUAUGGUGAUCAUCCCCCGCGUGUUAGUAGAUCUGCUAUCAGAGAGCAAGACCAUAUCUCUUCCUGAGUGUGCCACACAGAUGUUUUUCUUCUUUACCUUGGCGGGCAAUAACUGCUUCAUCUUGGCUGCUAUGUCCUAUGACCGUUACACAGCCAUCCACAGUCCACUGUAUUAUCCCAUCCUGAUGACUCAUAAGGUGUGUUUUCUACUCAUGAUGGCCUCUUGUAUUGUUGGGAUCCUAAUUUCUCUGUGCAUCACCACCAUUGUAUUCAACUUGUCCUACUGUGAUUCUAACAUUAUUCAGCAUUUCUUCUGUGACUUUGCACCUGUGGUUCACCUUGCUUGUGAUUACACUUCCUAUCAUGAAAUAGCUAUAUUUGUGCUCUCUGCCUUUGUAUUGUUAGGCAGUUUUGUUUUAAUUAUGGUUUCCUAUGUCUUCAUAAUUACCGUAAUUAUGAAGAUGCCCUCUACAGAAGGAAGGUAUAAGGCCUUCUCGACCUGUUCCUCCCACUUCACUGUGGUGUCCAUACACUAUGGAUUUGCUUGCUUUGUCUAUCUGAGGCCCAAAGGCAGUGACACAUUCCGUGAAGACAUGCUGAUGGCUGUGACAUACACGGUGCUAACACCACUGCUUAAUCCCAUCAUUUAUAGCCUUAGAAACAAAGAAAUGCGAAUAGCUCUAAGGAAAAUUCUAGACAAUGGCAAUCGAUUUGUCCUCCAGCUGUCAAAUAAAAGAGAUCAGAACAUUUAA